UCACAGAGUACUUAAGUUACACAGAGUACUGCAGAACACAAAGUAUGACAGUCGCAGUGAGGGCAACCAUGUUUGGAAUUGACGCUCUUAUUGUGAAGGAUGGAAACCAGAUGUCACACUGAGGUAACAUCUGUCUGGAGACAGCCUGUUGGAUCUCUGCUUGGAUCUUGUUGGAUCUCGGCUGCUGAGAAGAGGGAGACACAGCUGAUCUUGAAUAUUUUUGAGCCAUGAGCGCCUCCAGGUUCAAACUGAAGUCCUUCCUCAACCAGCGGCUGUUCGUGACGGGGGAGGAGAUCUUCGGAGAGAUGGAGAGAACCAUCACCUCAGCGCGACACGGAGCCGGAAUGAGUCGAUCCACGGAGGGGGUGGAAGGUGUGAGACCCCGAAUGGAAGCCGCACGUCCACUAACCAGCAGCACCACAGAGCCAGGAGACCAAUGUAACCCCCCACUGAUGCAGCAAAACCCAGGACACUCCACACCGGACAAGACUAACCUCAGCCCGGGUGCACAGUUACCAGGACUCUCACAAACCAGCACUGGCCUGGACUGUAAUAACUGGAACAUCAGCACUGGAGACACAGACAAGAUUUUUCAGAUAAAAGAGGAACUUUUGGACGAGAGUCAAACACAGGAGAUUGUUUUUCCUUCUCCCGUAAUCAUAAAAAGUGAGCAAGAUCAGCAAGAGAUGCAAGUGUCACAUGAAAUGCAGCCAGGCUCGUGGAACUGCUCUGCAGCGAAGAGUGAGAAAAAUGACAGUGACGAGGAGCUGGUUAACAGGAAAGGAGAACCGACCAAGACAGUGAAAGAAGAUGGACAAAUAUCACAGGGAAAACUUGUAAAUGACAAUAAUGGCCAAGCUGUAUUGCCUAAUAAGAAACUUUCCACCAAAAAUCUCAAAGAUAUCAAGUUUUGCCAUUUGUGUGGCAAGUCAUUUAACGGCACCUUGAUAAAGCACAUAAAAACACACCAAGCACUAACUGACUGUGACGUUUGUGGGACAAAAUUCAAGAACACAAAACUGUUGGUAACUCAUUUGAAGCAUUUUCACAAAAACACAUUUUUGUGAAGUAUGUAGCAACACGUUUUACAGCGGUUGUUCUUUGGAGAUUCAUGAGAAAAUGCACACAGACAUGAAAGAGUUUCCUUGUCAAGAGUUUUAUACUAACACUCAUCUUGUAGACCACGUGCGGACCCAUACUGGGGAAAACCCAUAUCAGUGAUAUCUGUGGAAAGGCAUUAAGUCAGAGCCAGAUCCUCACAGUCCAUCCUGGGGAGAGGCCGCAUCAUUGCAGCCUGUGUGGCAUACGUUUUAAUGAGAGAAGUUACCUCAAAGCACAUGAGAGGCCAUUCAGGGGAAAACCCGUGCCCGUGUAAUAUUUGCAGUAAGCGUUUUCCUCAAAGCUGAAAGUUGAUGAGACACAGGACCACA